AUGACUGUGGACGAGUCCAGCAGUGAUGAGUACGACCCAUCGCAAGAUCUCGCAGACCCGACUGGGACGCAAGAAGAACUCCCUUAUCGGUUCGAAGCUCAACAUGCUAUGGAUGCCGUGUCAGCCCUGCAUAACGCAGGUGUCUGCAUCCGGUGUCAAGCACUCGAAACGGAGAUCGAGUCUAAGGAUGUCAAGAUCCUGUCGCAAGAAGCGGAAAUCUGCGCCCUCGACAUGCAGGUUGCAGAGCGCGACGCCGAGAUCACUCGCUUGCAGGAAAGGCUACGCAAACUCGAACCACGCAGCUGCACACCCGAGCCAUCCCGGAUACCCGGCAAGAUCUCUGUGAGCCUGUCGUACACUGGAGACGUCUCGUACACGUAUUCGGGACCAUUGCCGGCUGUGCUUGAUCACACAACAGAGCCAGCCGACGCUACUACCCCAGCCAACAAGAGUGACGGGGCUCCAUGGUCUCCUAUCUCUGCGGAGUUCGACUUCAAGAGGGGCGGGUGGUCGCAAGCUGAAGGAGAAGAGCGCGAGCGCGAAUCACGCGAACGUAAACGUAAACGAAGGAAGCUGGUGCUGGAAAAUGGCUCGUCAGAGAAGAACAAUAAUGAUCUGGAGCUAACGUCUACGCACUCGCACUCAGAGGACCGUGUUGAGGAUGUUGGGUCACAGUAUCGCCAGGAUCCGGCUGAGCGUGCUCUCCAAGCCCAUUAUGACGAAUAUUGGUUGGCUAAGGACAAGGGGCCGGAGUGA